AUGACGGACGAUGGCAUGCUCAUGAAUUUUGAGAUUGGGGAUGCGCCAUUACUUCCGAAGCAGAAGUUUCAAGGUGGAAGAUGGAAGGACCGAUUGGCAGCAAAAAGGAUCGUGGAGAAGAGAAUCAGCAAGCCGUCGAACCCCUCCACGAGAGAACUUUUCAAAGAGAACAGGCAUACUGUCGCUGUGGAGGACUAUAUUGGACCCAGUACCGAGUCAAGGGCACCUAAGAGGCAGAGAGUGGACAGUGAAACUGGACGAAAUGUAGACACUGCGAAAUUCAUUUCUGGAAAACUCCCGCCUGGCAGCAUAAAUAUUGGUGGUCCGAAACGAAGUGUACCCAUACAAGAGGAGACUCGGCCGGCCUUUGUAUCAGGAAAACUGCCUCCAGGAAGCAUAAAGAUUGGUGGUCCAAGUCGAAGCGUAACAAUACCGGAGGAGACACGGCCAGCUUUUGUAUCUGGAAAACUCCCUCCUGGGAGCAUAAAAAUUGGUGGGAACAGAAGCACAACUUUCCCAGAAGAAACAAGAUCAGCUUUCGUGUCCGGAAAACUACCGCUUGGAAGCAUUGAAAGUAGAGGCAAUGCUAGCCAAGGAUUCACCAAUGGAGGCCACCAGACAGAGAGUGGAAAGCCAAAUCAGAUCAUCUCCUCGUUGUUCUCAUUCAACCCCUCCGCAAAGACCAAGUUCGAAGAACCUGAGGAAGAGGUAGAACCUGCCAAGCCAUCCAAUGCGCCUCUUACAGAGGAAAUGGAAACAUUCACAGCAUUAGGCUUGUCAAGAAGGCUGGCUGCACAUCUGUCGACAAAGCUCGACAUGAAGGCUCCGACGGCGAUUCAGAAGGCGGCAAUACCUGAGAUGAUCAAGGACGACAGCGAUGCAUUCAUACAAGCAGAAACAGGCUCUGGGAAGACCUUGGCAUAUCUGCUACCCAUUGUGGAACGAAUCCUGGCUAUGAGUAGCGACGAUGUGAAAGUGCACAGAGAUUCUGGUCUUUUUGCUAUUGUCCUUACACCUACUCGAGAACUUUGUAAACAGAUAGCAAGUGUCCUUGAGAAGCUGCUUCGAUGCGCACCAUGGAUUGUCGGAACUACUGUCAUUGGUGGAGAAAGCAAACAAUCCGAAAAGGCUAGAUUGCGGAAGGGUGUGAACAUCCUGAUUGCGACUCCUGGUCGCUUAGCAGAUCAUUUGGAUAACACUGAAGUGCUGAAGGUCAACACUGUUAGAUGGCUCGUACUUGAUGAGGGUGAUCGACUUAUGGAAUUAGGAUUCGAGGAUGAGAUCAAAGGCAUCGUGGAGAAAAUUGGGAGACGACCGGUGUCAGCUGUUCGGGAUAGGAUCAAUGGUUUGGACACCAAAGCAUUACCAAGUCGCAGAGUUACAAUACUCUGCUCGGCUACGAUGAAGAUGAACGUUCAACGAUUAGGCGAAAUCAGUUUGAAAGACGCUGUUCAUAUUCAAGCGGACCCAUCAGAUAUCGAGGCCACGAGAAACGACACAGACGGAGUUGAAGUCGAUGAAAAGGCCUUCUCAGCUCCCGCACAACUCAAACAGGCGUAUGCUGUCGUUCCCGCAAAGCUACGUCUCGUCACUUUGACGGCAAUUCUGAAGCGUGCAUUUGCCAGAAGAGGUUCUGUCAUGAAAGCUAUUGUCUUCAUUUCUUGCGCAGACUCAGUCGAUUUUCACUUCUCUCUGUUCAGCCGUCCUUGGGAGGUGUCGGAGGAGGAUGAAGAGAACGCUGCUGAAGCUCCACCUCUCACCAAGACUGACCUCACAAAGGAUACAAUCGCACAUGGCACCGCCUUCUCAAGCAAAACGAAUCCGGUCGUUCUUUGCAAGCUUCAUGGUUCACUAGCACAGAACAUUCGAACAGCCACACUCAAAGCUUUCACCGAGUCAGCUGAACCUUGUGUUAUGGUUUGUACUGAUGUUGCGUCGCGUGGUCUUGAUAUGCCGAAUGUCGACUAUGUUAUUGAAUAUGAUCCUCCUUUCAGUGCAGAAGACCACUUGCAUCGAGUGGGUCGAACUGCAAGAGCUGGAAAGGACGGUCGGGCUCUCAUUUUCCUUCUGCCAGGUGAAGAGGAAGAGUAUGUCUCCAUUCUCGCUUCUGGAUAUAAAGAUGGCAAGAAAGCCCUAACCCAUCAUACGGCUGAGGAUUUGCUGAGGAAGGGUUUCGGAGGUACGGGUCGCGAGUGGGAAGAUCGUGCUACAGAGUGGCAACUCGAAGUGGAAAGAUGGUCACAAGACUCUCCGAAGUAUCUCGAGAUGGCCCGUCGUGGCUUCCAGAGUCAUAUCAGAGCAUAUGCCACCCAUGUUGCAAAUGAGAGGCAUAUUUUCAACAUGCAAACUUUGCAUCUAGGGCAUCUUGCAAAAGCAUUUGCCUUACGAGACAAGCCUGGCAGUAUCAAGGUGCCUGGUUUGAGACCAGCAAAGAUGACUAAGGCGGAUAGGAGUGUGGCAGCUAGGAAGGCAAAGAGGGGAGAAGUGGAGGAGAAGGCACCGGAAGGCGAAAGAGUCAGGAAGCAGAGGAAACUGGAUUUGGACCUUCCAUCUUUGAACGAUUCUGCUGCUAAGAGAAUGAAGCAGAAGAUGAAGGAGCAUAUGGCAGUAGCGAGCGAAUUCAAUAUCGGAUGA